AUGAUUUAUUUAAAAAGUAGAAGCAUUGAAAGUCUAGGAACUGUUAGGAGAAAUAGACUUAAAAAUGUACCAUUUCCUUCAGAUACUGUUAUGAAAUCUAAGGAUAGGGGUACCAUGUAUGAGUGUACAGCUACUGUAAACGAAGAAAAAAUUACAGCAGUCUUAUGGAAAGAUAAUAAGUUGGUAAUCUUACUUUCAACAUUUGUAGGUAUGAACCCAGUUGAACAUGUGAAAAGGUUUUCUAAAAAAGAAAAAAAAACAAUAAUGGUUCCUUUUCCUUAUAUUGUUAGUAUUUACAACAAGCAUAUGGGUGGAGUUGACUUGCUGGAUGCCAAUAUUGGAAGGUAUAAAAUUUCAAUAAAAUCCAGAAAGUGGUAUAUGAGGUUGUUCUAUCAUUUAAUUGAUAUAACCGUUACAAAUUCUUGGAUAUUACAAAAACGUAUUUAUGAAAGUAAAGGACAAAAAUAUCAAUCUAGUUUGGCAGAUUUCCAUGAAGAAUUGGCUGUUUCAUUAUGUCAAAUGGGAGAAUUAGUGUCACCUAAAAGAGGUAGACCACUUAAAGAAGACAAAUUAGGCAAUAUAACAGAUAAAAAAAGGCAACGUAAUGUUAACACUACACCAAUAGAUGUAAGGUUUGAUGGUUUUCAGCAUAUGCCUGAGUGGUCUCAAAGCAGACAAAAAUGCAAAUACUUAGGUUGUAAAGGUAUUACAUACAUAAGCUGUGCUAAAUGCAGUAAGGCUUUGUGUUUUACUAGAAGUAGUAACUGUUUCAACAAAUAUCAUAUGAAAUAG